UAUAUCACAUAUUAAAGUGUGAGACAGAGAAAAGAUAUAGUAAAACAAGCUAGCUAGAAAGAAAGAAUGACAAGGUGGUGGGAGGGUGCUCGUGAGCUGAGGCCAUUAGUACACUUAUUGUUCCCACUUUGUUUUCAUUGGGUUGCUGAAGAAAUGACUGUUUCUGUUCUUGUUGAUGUUACCACUGAAGCUCUUUGUCCCGGCCAAAAUUCAUGUUCUGAAGCUAUUUACCUCAAUGGUCUUCAACAAACCAUUGUAGGAAUAUUCAAGAUGGUCAUGCUUCCAAUUCUAGGCCAGCUUUCAGAUGAGUAUGGACGUAAACCACUGCUCCUCGUUACAUUAUCUACAACUAUAAUUCCCUUCGCCCUGCUUGCCAUCAGUGAAUCAAAAUCAUUUGUAUAUGCUUAUUAUAUCCUUCGCACGAUUUCAUAUAUAAUCAGUCAAGGAAGUAUUUUCUGCAUUGCUGUUGCUUAUGUGGCAGAUAUUGUUGAUAAUAGAAAGAGGGCAGCUGUUUUUAGUUGGAUAACAGGCCUCUUUUCUGCAUCACAUGUCGUAGGAAAUCUGCUGGCUCGUUUCCUUCCCGAGAAGUACAUUUUUGUGGUUUCUAUAGCUCUCUUGAUCUUCUGUCCAGUUUAUAUGGCAAUAUUUCUGGUUGAGACAGUUAAACCGACUCCAAAGAUCGAUCAACACUCAUCUUAUUUGAGUAAAGCAGUUACCGUCGUUCAAGAACGUUAUAAGACAAUGAAAUAUGCUGUAACUAUUGUCUUGAGCACUCCAACUCUGAGUAGUAUUUCGGUCAUUUCUUUCUUCUACGAACUGGGAAUGUCUGGCAUCAGCACUGUCUUACUGUAUUACCUUAAAGCGGCAUUCGGUUUUGAUAAAAACCAACUUUCAGAAAUCCUGAGCAUGGUUGGUGUAGGUUCUAUUGUUUCUCAGUUGGUGGUGCUCCCUUUAGCUAAUCCCUUAGUUGGAGAGAAAGUAAUACUGUGUGCUGGCUUAUUGGCAUCAAUAGCAUACGCAUUGUUUUAUGGCUUUGCAUGGGCCUCUUGGGUACCAUACCUUAGCGCAUCAUUUGGAGUGAUCUUUAUCCUAGUUAAACCAGCUACCUAUGCAGUUAUAUCAAAAGGAUCAAGAUCAACCGAUCAGGGAAAAGCACAGACUUUUAUAGCCGGUGUUCAGUCAAUUGCAAGCUUGUUAUCGCCAUUGGCAAUGACUCCAUUGACUACAUGGUUCUUGUCCACCAAUGCACCGUUUGACUGCAAAGGCUUCAGUAUCAUUUGUGCCUCUCUAUGCAUGGUGAUCUCUUUGUGUUUCGCAUGCUCCCUGAGAGUGGAGUCACCACCUGACGAAGGAGACAAUUUAGAAGCACCACUGAUAUCAUAACCUUGUUUUGAGAUUUGAAGUCUCGAAAGAUCAAAGAUGUCAUUUUGGCAACGACAUCUGUUGAAUAAGGCAAAGCCAUAAGCAUACAACCAAGAAUAUCAUAUUGUCUUGAGGUUCUUGUUCUUGGUUCGACUCGACUUAGCUUACUCAAAUCUUGAUUUCUUUUUCUUUAAAUAAGUUGUAAUUGUUCUUUAGAAAUGAAGGUGCAAUUUCAGCAAAUUUAGAGAAUAUCGGCAAAAGUGUAAAACUUAGAUAAUCAUGUUUAAUACACAAUUACUCAUAAAA